AACCGUGAGAUCAUGACCUGAGCCGAAGUCAGACGCUUAACCAACUGAGCCACCCAGGGGCCCCAAAUUGGUGUAUCUUUAAAACACACCCCUCAUCUUCAGGACUUCCCAACAAAAUGAUAAUGUCAACUGCUGUUCUCCAGAAGGUUACAGUAGUAGGGUCCCCUCCCUGAGGGAGUCUUAUUCAACCAAAUAGUGAGCUGGUCAGAAAGCUGAGGAUGGGGGGAAUAAAAAGACUGGGCUGAGGCCACACCUGGGCAACCACCUUGAGCAAUAGGGACUGAAUGACCAGUCAGUGAACUUCCUGGCAGCUCCCACCCAAUUGCUUCCACUCAAUGCACACACAUAACAGGGUGGUGGAUGCUGGCAUGCAGCCAGGCUCUUGAGGUUGGAGUCUGUUUCGUCAGUUGGCUGGAGAAAGAAAAAAGCUGACCAGAAGAGCACUCUAGGCUGAAGAAAAGCCAGGCAACAAAGCUGGCUGAGCGGGUGGGCAUUGAUUUCACUUCUUUAAUGGAUCUCUUAAAGACAGCAACUCCCACAAUCAGUAAGAGCCAAAGACAAGCCAGAUCGCCAGUUCUCCUUUGUCGCCAGAGACCAGAGGAAGGAAUUAGGAACCCUGGCUCCAGGCUCUAGCCCUGUGCUCUCAGAGUUGUGCUCCCUUCCCCACUCGGGGCUGCAGUCUGUCCGGCUGUACCAGGUCUGGCACAAAGAGUUAAGUCUACUGGAUCUUCUCAGGUCCCGUGACACCCCCUGUGCCCAACUUUCGUAACUGGAGAGACUUCCUGCCCUGGUGUUCUGGUGCCUGAAACAAACGUAAAGGGGCCCGGCCACCUCCUCCACCAAAAUGCCCCUAAGGCUGAAAGAUGUGGGGGCAAAGUGGUGGAUGCAACCACAGGCCUGACCCCACCCAUCCUCUACUGGUUGAAACGCCCGUGGAGGUGAGGUCUGCCGGCCUCUCACAAGGGCAAGCCUAGAUGCCAAUGGAUGAAAAAGCGGCCGGCAUCAACACCAAGAGGUCUCACCUGCACCUAGGUGGCAGCCACCUCUCGCGAGAUCAGGGCUGGUGAAGCAUUUAGAGCUCAGUUAGCCUCACAUGGAGAAAACGGACAGAGAGGGGUCCACCUAAACCUCGCGGCUAGUCUGUGGUGGAGGGGCUGAAGUCAGCCUUCUUUUCAUGGGAAAAAACAUUAGUUCUUAGCCUUGUGCAGGGAUAGGUCAAGAGACUGAGUGCCUCUAUUCCAUUCAGGUGUCAAGGUGAACAAGUUCAGCAUUCAAACCUUCCCCUCUUCUCUUCCCAUACCACCCUCCACCCAAACUGGCUCUAACAUUCCGGAUAUAACCUUGAACUAAGUUUGGAAAAGUCCCAGAUUAGAGCUGCAACCCAUUCUCCUGAGCUCUGGACCCAGGGCAUUAAGUCCUGGCAGGGGAUCUAGCCGUGGCACGUUGGAGCCAUCAAAGGGGAGAAAGGUCCUGUGCCUCUGAGAGGGGCCUCAGGGGGCUGGCAUUGUGAUGCCCUCAUCCACUCUAUGACAUCACCCUCUCUCCCAGCCCCCCUCCUCUCCGAUCAACUGCUCUGCAAACAACCAUCAAUCUGAAUCCCAAAGGCGUGAGAAAGUCUGUUCUCCAGUACCUGCCGCUGAUCUUCUGCCUCAGCCAGCAAGAAGCACCAUGAAAUUGGAAUUCACGGAGAAAAACUACAACAGCUUCGUGCUGCAGAACCUGAACAAACAGAGGAAACGCAAAGAGUACUGGGACGUGGCCCUGACUGUGGACCACCAUGUCUUCUUUGCACAUCGCAACGUGCUGGCUGCUGUCUCUCCACUGGUGAAGAGCCUCAUCUCCAGCAAUGACAUGAAGACCACCGAUGAGCUCUUUAUCACCAUUGACCCCAACUACCUGAGUCCGGCCACAGUGGACCAGCUCCUGGACUACUUCUACAGCGGCAGGGUGGUGAUCUCGGAGCAGAACGUGGAAGAGCUCCUGCGUGGGGCCCAGUAUUUCAACACACCACGCCUUCGAAUCCACUGUAAUGACUUCCUGAUUAAGUCCAUCCGCCGAGCAAACUGCUUGCGCUACCUCUUCUUGGCUGAGUUGUUUGAGCUCAAAGAGGUAUCAGACUUGGCCUACUCUGGCAUUCGUGACAACUUCCACUACUGGGCGAGUCCCGAGGGCUCUGUGCACUUCAUGCGCUGUCCACCUGUCAUCUUUGGCCGCCUGCUCCGAGAUGAAAACUUGCAUGUGCUCAAUGAGGACCAGGCUCUCAGCGCACUCAUCAAUUGGGUGCACUUCCGGAAGGAUGAGCGGGAGAAGUAUUUCAAGAAGUUCUUCAAUUACAUCAACCUUAAUGCCGUCUCCAACAAGACACUGAUGUUUGCCAGCAACAAGUUGAUGGGCAUGGAGAACAGCUCGGCCCAUGUGACCCUGAUUGAGAGUGUCCUUAUGGACCGAAAACAGGAGAGGCCAUGCAGCCUGUUGAGCUACCAGCGGAAAGGCGCCCUGCUUGAUUCGGUGGUCAUCCUAGGGGGCCAGAAGGCCCAUGGCAAGUUCAAUGAUGGCGUGUUUGCCUAUAUCAUCCAGGAGAACCUGUGGUUGAAGCUGUCAGAGAUGCCCUAUCGGGCAGCAGCACUUAGCGCCACCUCGGCUGGUCGCUACAUCUACAUCUCUGGUGGCACCACUGAGCAGAUUUCAGGGCUGAAGACAGCUUGGCGGUAUGACAUGGAUGACAACUCCUGGACCAAGUUGCCAGACCUGCCAAUUGGGCUUGUCUUCCACACCAUGGUGACCUGCGGGGGGACAGUGUACUCAGUGGGUGGGAGCAUUGCUCCAAGGCGGUAUGUCUCCAACAUCUAUCGCUAUGAUGAGCGCAAGGAGGCCUGGUGCCUGGCAGGGAAGAUGAGCAUCCCUAUGGAUGGCACAGCCGUGAUCACCAAGGGUGACCGGAACCUGUACAUUGUCACUGGGCGGUGCUUGGUGAAGGGCUACAUUUCUCGGGUUGGAGUGGUGGACUGCUUUGAUACCACCACUGGGGAUGUGGUCCAGUGUAUCACCUUCCCCAUUGAGUUCAACCACCGGCCCUUGCUCUCUUUCCACCAGGACAACAUCCUCUGUGUACACAGCCACCGGCAGAGUGUGGAGAUCAACCUGCAGAAGAUAAAGGCCAACAAGACAACCACCUCGGUGCCUCUCUUGCCCAACAACUGCCCCUUGGAUGUGUCCCAUGCUAUAUGCUCCAUUGGAGACAGUAAAGUGUUUGUCUGUGGGGGUGUCACCACAGCCAGUGAUGUCCAGACAAAGGACUACACCAUCAACCCAAACGCCUACUUGUUGGACCAAAAGAUGGGCGAGUGGAAGACCCUGGCCCCCCCACCGGAAGCACUGGACUGUCCUGCCUGCUGUCUAGCCAAGCUACCUUGCAAGAUUCUUCAAAGGAUUUAAACAACUUUUUAAGUGGGAGAAUAAGUAAAUGCAUUAUUAUUCACAAUUUAAUGAGAGAAAGAGA